UAAGCACCGCUAAUCGUCUCGCCCGGGCUCCCUUUCUCAAGCCGCAGCAGCGAGCCUUUCCUCCCGCCCCGGGAGAGGCGUGGUGGGGACAGCGCUGGAGCAUGGCCAUUGCUCUCCUGCGAAGCGCCCGGCUGAGCGCACGGUGAGCGGGAGGAAUCCAGUCCGGGUUUUGGGGCAGGGGACGAGCGGGCUGCCUGCAAGGAGAGGCGAGUAAAGCAGGAACGCACCGCUGCCGACAGCUGGGGCAGAGCAGAGGGGACGGGCAGGGCAGGCCCGCGCCGAGGUGGGGAAGCCGCGGGACUGGGGAGUCAGUGCCCCCCCCCCCGAGCCGAUUGCACCCGCCUGUCCCAUGGCUGCAGCGCGCCCAUUGCGCCGCCCUGCUGCCCCCUCCAGCCGCUGUGUCCCGCUGUGAGCGCCGCCGGGUGUCUAUGAGUGGCCGGCGCGGGGCCGCCGCCCUGAGCUGAGGCGCGCCCCGGGCUCCGUACCAUGCAGGCGCGGCGCUUAGCCAAGCGAUCCAGCCUGGGCAGCCGGCGGCGAAGCGUGCCGCUGGCAGCGCCCGCCCCGGACGGGGGCCGGGUCCCCAAGCCCGAGAGCGGCUGCUGGAGGCCGCCCCGCCGAGAGGGCUCUGCCGCGGCGCUGGAGGAGGAGGAGGACGAGGACGUGGUGGUGGAGGUGGAGGAGGAGGAGGAGGAUGAAGAGGAAGGCGGCUUGGGGAGCCCGCCCGCGCCGCUGCCCAUCCCCGCCAAGGGAAGCCUGAAGGCAGGCAGCAUUAAGCGUGAAACGACCUUCACUACAUUUCAACAGGAUGACCUAAAAAGUGACAUCAGUCAAAAAUUACCAGACCAACAGUUUCUCCUGUUGGCCAUGAGGGAGGAAGAUUUAAAAACUGCAGACACCAAAAAAACAAACAGAAUUCAUGAGCACGAAAAAGAAAACACUCGUUCUGUCUGUCUUCUUGAACAGAAACGUAAGGUUGUUUCUUCAAAUAUUGAUGUGCCUCCAGCAAGAAAAUCUUCAGAAGAACUGGACAUGGAUAAAGUGACAGCAGCUAUGGUACUAACCAGUUUAUCCACCAGCCCUUUGGUUCACAGCCCUCCUGUACGGCCCAAUGAAUCCUUGAACGGAUCUUGGAAAGAAGGAGGAUUUGUGCCUUCUAGUACCAGCAGUAGUGGAUACUGGAGCUGGAGUGCACCCAGUGAUCAGUCCAAUCCAUCCACCCCAUCUCCGCCUCUGUCUGCUGACAGCUUCAAACCCUUUCGAAUGCCCUCUCAGCCUGAUGAUAGUAUUGAUGAAGCCGAAACCAGCAAUCUCCUUUUUGAUGAGCCCAUCCCUAGGAAGAGAAAGAACUCCAUGAAGGUAAUGUUCAAAUGCCUAUGGAAAAACUGUGGAAAGGUACUGAGCACAGCUGCAGGGAUUCAGAAACACAUCCGGACCAUUCAUCUUGGACGUGUAGGAGAGUCUGACUACAGUGAUGGAGAGGAAGAUUUUUACUACACAGAGAUCAGGCUCAACACAGACUCCGUAGCGGAUGGCUUAAGCAGCCUUUCUCCAGUCUCUCCAUCUCUAGGAUCUCCUCCUCCUUUUCCCACCCAAGAUGCAAACCGUCCUGAAAUGUCAUGUGCCAAAACUGAGACUAAAUUGAUGACACCUUUGAGCCGCUCAGCUCCUACCAAUCUCUACCUCGUACACACAGAUCAUGCUUACCAGGCUACUCCUCCAGUGAACAUUCCAGGGUCAACAAAGUUCACUCCAAAUGGCCGUAGCUUUAGCAUCUCUUGGCAGUCCCCUCCAGUUACCUUCACGGGCAUUCCGGUCUCACCAACUCAUAAUCGUCCUGCAGGGACUGGAGAGCCGAAACAACAGACCCACACAGUUCUCUCAUCACCGCCCAGAGUGUCAUUUGGCUUAAGGAAACCUAGAGGGGAGGGGAAAAAAUGCCGAAAAGUGUAUGGGAUGGAGAACCGAGAUAUGUGGUGCACUGCCUGCCGUUGGAAGAAAGCCUGCCAAAGGUUCAUCGACUAAAGACUGGAAGCGUGGAGGACCCGGGGGAUGGGGAGUACAAUAGCAGGAUCCUGUUCCUGGAGCUGCCCCUGCCUACCCUCCAGUGCUGCCUUUUAAACAGACUUGUAGUUCAAAACAAAGCACUUGUAGCCAAGGAGAAGCACUUAGCAAAACCAGUGUGGAGCAAUAGAGCAAAAAAAAAAGUCUUAUCAAGUAUUGAACCCAGAGCAGCUAUUAAUGUUUUUCUUAAAUAACUUGUUGCUAACUUCUGUGAACUACUUGCUCCCCGUGACUGUUCUUUAACUGUGUCAAUGUCUAUGCUGUGAACGUCUGUAUCAGUUGAACCAAGCACCGCGUCUUGCCCUGAAGUGAAGAUUUCUUUUUAAAAGCUUAAAUUAACACUUUAAGACAUAAGCUACAGUUCACUCAACAGCAGCUGUACCAAGAGUGGAGUCUGUUAAAUAAUUCUGCUGAUGUGAAUGAUCUUGGUUGGAUUCCUCAUUUUCGGGUGUUUUUUUGAGGAAUUCAAAUCUUGAUAUGUCAGAAGGACAAGCAACAGCACUCCUGGAUGAUUUUUUAAAAGCAGUCACAAACCAGAACAAGAGUGGCGGUACAUUUUAAAUUAGAUUGUAAUACUCCAGAGAAGGAAAAAAGGAAACUCCAGCAGAUCUCAGCCACAAGUAAGUCCAAGAUUUGAGGGAAAGCGUUUCAAUGAUCAUUGAAACAUACAGGAAUAUAAUUUGGGUUCCAGUAUCUUUUCUUAUCACCAGUCCCUUUUCCUAGCAAUGACCAUCUUAUGCUGAUGAACCCUAUUAAGAACUGGUAAAUGCAGCCUUUUGGAUUCUAUGUAAUAUCUAUUCAGGGAUGCAGACAACCCAGCAGUUCAGCUCUUGCUUUCUUUUCUCUUGUGUAUAUAAGAUGGUUACUAAAUUAAUGGCUCACUCAUUCUUUCCAUUAGCAAUGCCAAAUUUUAUUUGUGCAAAAAAAUGUAUAGAAAACAAAACCCCCCAAGAAGUGCUCCCACCACAUCAUCCCAGCAAGUGGAAUGUGACAGCAGUGAGCAACAUAUGUAUAUGUUAAGUAAAGUCCUUUUAUAUUUAAAAAAAAAAAGUCACUGAGGUCAGAAAUAGUCAACUUCCAUGCAGACGGCACUUUGAUGGAUGUGUGGGCUUUGGUGUAUUUAGUUCUUCAGUCUGUUAGAGGGUAUAAAUGCAGAAUGCUGAUGUUUUAUCCCUAGAGAGAUGGGGUUAUUUAUUUUCUUACUAAAAUAACUACUGAUGUAUAAAGUAAGGCGGAAAUGCCAUAUGAAUGCGCAUCACCAACUCCUGCCUGUUUAAAAACAAAAACAAAAAAAACCCCAUAGGUAUAGGCACCUAUCAUAUUAACAGGGCUAUACAGGCCCACUACCAGUUGGGCUUGUUUUUCAUGGAGUCUGAUAAACUGGAUCACAUAGCUCUCAUGACAGCAUUACUUAACUUGCAUUGCUGCCUAUGGCCAUUUAAAGAACAAAAGCACACACUUUUGAACAUAGUAUAGCGCGUAGUGUUAAAGAAAAGGCAAUACGUGUUUGAAUGGAAAGAACAAAAGAAUAGUAAGAGCCUGUGUUUUUUUUAAACAAAUUUGCUGUGUUGCAUGCCUAAUUUGAGCAUGUUAUUUCUGCAACAGUGUUUACAAAUCACGCAAUUUUCAUGCACAAAUGGCUAGUGAAGGUCACUUGCGUGCAUACAGUUACCUGAUUUUUAUGCACAAUUGUGCACCUAACUUGUUUAGAAAAAUCAGACCCUAAAAUCCAGCAAGGAUAAUAAAACAAAACAUGAAAUAAAUUAACACAACAGAAGGUAAAGAUCGGCAGAUAUACAGCGCCAUCUGCACUCUAUUGUUUGCACUUCCUUAUCUUUUGGUGAAGUCAUAGGUCAUGGCUUUUCCUUCUAUGAUUUUUCUUUUUUUUUCCCCCAAAGAUUUAUUUAGGGAAAUACCUCUUAGCAAUUUGUAACUGGUUUCUAGUUACUUCCUUUUAAAUGCUGACAUUGUUGUCAGUGCCUUUACUAUGGUGGGACACAGAAUGUGGAGCUUGCUCCACUGAUAUCCCUCCUUAUUUCUAAAAGCCUCUCAAGAUGCUUAUAAAACAAUAUUGACCACUGUUGACCCCAUAUUCAUUACUUAUCCCCAUCAUUGUUCCCUUUUCUUUGUAUUCCCCUUCUCCCUUAUUUACUCAGAUCUCUUGAAUUUUAAAGAGGAUUUUAAAAUAUAUUAUUGUAAUUGGUUUGUAAAAUGUUGUACACCAUCAUGAGCACCUUGGCGGGGGCACUUCAUAAAUGAACAUAUUAAUUAGAGAAUCGAAUUUCCACAACAUGGGGCAAAUUCUGGUUGGCCCCAGGAACCAGGUACAGCACUUGUCCCAGCUUUAAUACUGGAGGAAAGUGAGUUAGAGAGAAGGCACAGACCUUAUUAAUUGCAUGCAUGCUCCGCUCACUCUGCUCUGGCUUGUAGAAAGAUCUACUGGGCAUGCUCAGAGGCUUAACAUAAACGUUAGCGAGGCCAUUCCCAUAACGUAAUUCACAUAGCCACUCCCGUACUGCUAACUUUAUAUCUGUUCUUAGAAAGAUAGGCACAGAAAUAGACCACCAAAGCAUUGUUAUUGUCCACCUCUGGCCAGAGUUACACUUUCAUUCUGUUCUUGAUAAGAAUAAGAUUAUUUACAAGUGCCAUGAAUCGGCCACUGCCUGGCCGAAGUGCUUGGCACAUAUGUCUGUAUGGACUGCUUCCCUACACUGUUUAACCACACCAAGUCAUGCUUCUCUGGAGGGUCUGUCAGGUGACCCCUGAUUUUUCAGAGGAGUCAGAAUCUGGUGAUCGGUUUCCAUCAUGCAUUCUCACAGUUGGCCAUGGGUUCUUUGGUAUGUGUACACACACACACACACACACACACACACACACAUACACACACCCCCCACUAGCAACCAGAACUUGACCCUUAAAAUAGAAAUAUUGAAGGAUAUAUAUAAAAUUCUUUUAAUCGCUUAGUAGAAAUGAUGCUGGUGACAGAAGUUGAUACCACAUGAUCUUAUCAGACUUUUAUAUUGACAGAUAUACCACUGGGUCCUAAUUUUUGCUGAAGUGACUUUCCUGCUACAGCAAAACAAAUGUCUUUUUGGGAAAAAGCCUGAAAAAUGAAAUUUCAAGCAAAAGGGAAACAUUUUAGAUAAGCAUUUUAAACAUGAUUAGCUUGUCUCUAUUCCUGCAUAAAAUGCCAAAUAUGGAAAAUAUAUAAAAUUCGGAUAAUCUUAUUCACACAGCUGUUUCCAUCCAGGUCAAUGGAUCUGAUUCUGCACUGCCUUGCACCUUGUGUAGUCCUUUACAGGUGUGCAAAGUAAGCAAAACUUCCAUUCUGAUUUGCAUAUUUACACUUGCUUUUCAUAGGUGUCAACUGCUAUUCAAGUUGGUGCAAACAUGCCCAGUGGGUCUAUCUGUGUGAAUAAGGUGAGCAGGCUUCAUACCUGGUCAGACUCGAGGGCUGGAGAUUUUAUGCAAUGCAAUCAUCUAAUUGGGAUAUCUGAAUACUGAUUGUCUAGUGAUCAAUCAGUUCCCUGCUCCCCCUCCAGCUGUUUUGUUAGCAAUAAGCAAUGAUACAACAAGAAGCCAGAGAUCUUUAUGGAACAUGUAUAUAGGCCAAUGUUACAUGCUGAGACCUCUGUGUUUUUCCAGUAUUAGGCUGGUUACCAGCUUGCAUAUGUGAGCUCCAGGUAUCACUCCAAACUGGGUCUCCUCCUGAAACCUGAGCCUGUUUCUUUCUCCAGUCCCACUCACUGAUAUUACACCCCCAAGUUUUCCCUGAGAGCAACACCCUACAUAGCAGUAUGGUGUCAUUCUUGCCAUAUCUCCAUUGCCGUGUUCUGGUCAGGGACUAUCUAGAGCAGGUUUCAGAGUAGCAGCCGGGUUAGUCUGUAUCCGCAAAAAGAACAGAAGUACUUGUGGCACCUUAGAAGCUAACAAAUGUAUUAGAUCGUAAGCUUUUGUGGGCUACAGCCCACUUCAUCAGAUGCAUAGAAUGGAACAUAUAGUAACCAGAGCAGGGGCUCUCAAACUGGGGGUCAUGACCCCUCAGGGGGUUGAAGGUUAUUACAUGGGGGAUCACGACCUGUCAGCCUCCACCCCAAACCCCACUUUGCCUCCAGCAUUUAUAAUGGAGUUAAAUAUAUAAAAACGUUUUUUUAAUUUAUAAGGGGGGGUUGCACUCAGAGGCUUGUGUGUGAAAGCGGUCACCAGUACAGAAGUUUGAGAACCCCUGAUCUAGAGGCCUGGAGUUCUGGUGGAUUAAAUGUACAGAUGUAACCAAGAGGGCUUCCCUGCAGGUCCAUUGCUCUCCCAUAGAGUACAUUAAGAGAGCUGCGUACUGCUCAAGAGCCUGGGAGAGGAAUGUGAAAUUAGAAGUCUCCUGACCAGUUGGGAAGGUUUAACAGGUUAUGAGGGCUUGUCCCCACUCCUGAUUGGACCAAACUGCACAGCAGUCAUCACUAAAAUCAAAUUAUACUGCUCUUCACUAUAACCAGUGGUGGUUGGAAAGAGGUUACUAAAAUGACGUCUUGUUUUCUAUUUCCACUUCACUGAACUUACCUAGAGGUAGCACUGCUGGAACUGAAAUCUGAAGAAACUAAUGGAGUUAAUCCUAGACUGCCAGGACUUAUCUUGUACAUAGUUACUGUCUGUUCUAAAAGCUGUUAUAAAACCCUUCUGGAAUCCCACAACAACAAAAUCUCCACUACAAUAAUGUUUUAUACCACCUUCAGUAAAACAACAGAAAACUAGUCAAGGUGACAGUUUAGGUGCAGAAGGUAGAUGCUAAAUUAAGCCACUUGUGGUGUCAAGAUCCUUGUGCUUCAAAAACCUUUUAAGGUUGCAAAAAGUGGUGUCUUGAAUUGUGGUUGAUAGCAUCUGCUUCCAGUAUUCCCCAUCUGAUACUACAGUACUGUUUACAUAGACUUCUUUAUCAAAUUUCCAUCAUAUACAAGAUACAAGGAUUUUUCUGUGACAUUCAGCAGGACAAUUUCUUUCACUGUCUGAAAAUCAAGCUUUGUUCUUUCUGCUUCAUACAGUAUAUCAUCUCUAACCAAUCCAGAAAGAUUCUACAGUCAGAAGGUAGCUGGCACUAUUUUUGAUGAUGCACAGACUGAAGAAGAAUACAGCUCACUCAUCCAUACCCUUGUUUACUCCACAUUGCUGACAGUAGUAAGAACUUGUUUUUGUCAAUAAACUUGUCAGAUAAUACAUAAGGGAAUAGACAAAUGCAGUAACAAGCCACAGUUCAAUAGAACUGCUUUGCUAACCUUAACCAAUUUUAAGAAAAAAAAAUUCUGAUAAAACCUUUGCAUCUAAGUUUGAGAUGACUAUUGUAUGUUUCCCUGAGAGAAAUAAAGAAAUAAUUAUAAUAUGAAAAACAAAUUAGCCGUAGAAAUAAAUUUAGCUUUCCUAUUAUAUGGGACUACUCACAUAAAUCAGGAUUUCAAGAUUUUGUCUGAAUUCUUAAAAUCUAACCCAGUGCUGCAAAGGAGCUCCUAAAUUACAUUUGUAAAUUCUCAAUGUUCAUCAUCUUUCCCCUCUAGGAAAUGUCAGAAUUUAAUCUUUCAUUUUACACUACUCUACUGUAGAAGAUAGAGAUAUCCCUGAUUCUGAAUCUGUAUCCAGUCAUGUUAAGGAAGAGUUCUCCUUGCCAUUUAGUUAUUUCAGUAGCAAAUAGUAGUGCAGCAUUUGGUAUGUAAUGUUCAGAUAAACAGAAGUUACAAAGUUACUAAGAAGUUUCUCUAUAGAGAAAUACCUUGAGAAAAAUAAUGAAAUGACGUAAAUAAUGUGGAUUUCCUCAGGGAAAAUAAAGGGGCAAUAGAUGCAAAAAAAAAUAGGUCUGUUUGAACCUACAAUUACUAAGAUUUUUAAUAUGUAUUUUAUUUUAUUUUUCUGGACAGAAUUAUUUAAUGAAAUAAGGACUAUACUGCCAUUUGAAUUAUUAAAAUCAGAAAUGAGUGUUUUUGUGAACAUGACCUUUUCUUGCCAACACAGAGUAUUUAAGCCUGUGUAUGCUUCAAAUAGUAAAAGGAAAGGGGUUUUAGCUGAUGUAAAGUUAUGGGAAUGGAGUUUGAAACAUGACCUGAUACAAUAGGUGGUCUACAUAUUUGUAUAAAGCUUUCUAGAAUGUAAUGUAAACAUGAAGUCUUGUCGCUGUACAAUCACCCAGUUAAACAUGCAUUAUCUAUAACUGGGUUACUGUUUCUUUAAGUGGCUCACAACAAAAAUGUAUACUUUGUAGCAUGCUAUCCUGCAACUACUAAGUACUCUGGUUUGCAAGGUGCUAAUUUCCUUAUGGUGCGCAAGAUAUUUUUAACUAGAUACUUUUCAUAUCUACUAGAGUACAAGCUUAAAUGAAACUCAAGAUCAUGCAUGCAAAGAAGAAAAUGCAUUGUAUUGAAAUGCACACAGUUCUCAAACUUCUCAAUUUCUACACGAAGAAAUGACCCCCCUUUUUUUUUUUAGUUCUGUUGUAAUAUCUCCUUAUCAGAAUCUCUUUACAGAAUUAACAUCAUGACCAGGGAUCCAACUGGGCAGACAUACGCUCAAGUGAGUAAAAUCAUGCAUGUGCAUAAAUAUCUGAACAUUUUAAUAAAGUUUUUAGCUUGAAGUAAUUCUCAUGCUGACACGCUGUUAAUGAUAGUGACUGAUCUUUCUCUCUGAGUGUAGGUAAGGUAAAUCUGCAAAGCAGGGCACACUCAAAGUUUACUAGAGGUUGAAGAGAUGUAUUUCAGUAGCAGAAAAGCACUUAUGCAAAGCACAUGAGAGUCUCAGCAAUGGGAUUACUCAUAUGCUUAAAGUCUAAAUUUGUUUGCAUGCUUUGCUGACUCAGGACCAUAGAGACACCUUAUUCUUAUAUAGUCUUGUUUUGAAAUAUAUUGCAAGACAACCUGGCCAUUUGUAAUUUUGUGCUGUUUGUUACAGAUUCAGAAUACUUUUACACUAAGAAAAGUCUCAUGCAGAGAACUGGCACUUUUUUUUUUUAAGACAUGGUUUAGAAUUCCAAAGUUGCCCUGUCACUAUCAAACUCAAAGAAAGCCUGUCAGCACACGCACAUGACACAUACAGGUCACUCACAUUAUGACAUACAGUUUGAUCUCCGCAUUGCCUAUGCACUCAACACACCCAUUGACUUCAGUAGGAAUUCUGGGUGCACAGGAAACAAAGGAUCAGGCCCAUAGUUCUUAAUUUGUCAGUUCACCUAAAAACUUUCAAAAUGCAAAUAUUUUGUAUCAUCAUGAUUGAUGUUGUUCUGUGUAAGUUUUAGUGUUUCUAAAAUGAUACUGGAAAGGAAUCAGACAGCAGCCUUCUUUAUACGAUGCAAUACUUGCUUACUAAACAAAGGGCUAAACUAUAGAAACAAGUGCUCGAAAGCAUGCUCUUGAAAGCUAACUUACCAUCAAUAACAAUAGGUUAGUACAGGCAAAACUUCAGAGCUGUAACAAUGCUGGCAUCAAUUUACUAAAAACUGUGAAACAAAACUCAGAUUCCAUGAAUGAACCAAAAGGGUUGCUGCUUUAUACACCAACAGCGCACACACUGUAACAAAGCAGAAGAAAUAAUCCCGAACACCUGGGAGGAAGUUAGAAAUAGCGACUAUCAAGUCUUUCUGAAAGGAAAAAUGUUGCCUUUGGUAGCAUAGAGAUAGUUUAGUCUGAAAUUAACAUUUCAAUGUCAUGAAGACAAGCCUACUUCACGGACAUGAAUUCCAUGUUAUGAAAAGAGAUUUUGCUUGGUCUCUUGAGGUUUUUAGUAUAUUUAUAGUCUCAGUUGUAAAGUUCUUAAAAUUGUCAACUAUUUAGCUUGAAGGCGUAGUACAUUUUGACAACGAUUUCUGAAAUGAUUUCUGAAACACUGUGUCAUACCAGUUUGAGCCUGAUCCUACAAGGCGAUCUGCUCAGACUUCAGUGGGACCCUGUGCUAGAAAGGUCCUCACAGAAGGAUCAUUUGCAAGAACAUUGUUCACAGGUAGAAACACUUCUUAUAGCUGGGGCAAUCAAAAGACAACCUUACAGAUAUUCUGGUAUUAUGUCAUACACAGCUUUCACUAAGUUUAUUAAAGGGGCUUUGUCAUGUGGCUUAAAACCCACAAUUUAGAGGUUAUGGGGGAGGGCCAUUUAAACCAAACAAAACUGUUUUAGAAUUUUAAAUGGCAGUUUAAAUUAUUUGUUUUAAUUAGAUUUACGAAUCCCCUGAAGAGCUAGCAACUCAUACAUUGCAGCACUGGGUGCUGGAAAGUCAAACUGAUUCUGUAUUUCACUGUUUAAAUAAUGAAAUAUAUGAAAGUAAAAAAUUGAACUUUUAAAAUCUGAUUUUACUGAUUUAAUAAUCGCAGGUAGCAGUUAUGGAGGGAAUGUUAAUUGUUUAAAAAAAGAACAGCUCUGGAGCCAGAUGCUGGGUGCUGCUCUUGCAGUAUAGAGCAACCAUAAAGCCAGUGGAUCUGGAUCCUGUGAAUUCUCUCUGGCCAGGGAAUCUUUGAGGGCCAUAGAGCCACCACAGCAGUUCCUGUGCCAACCCUCCUCCCCCGCCCCCCAUCUGCUUCCUGAUAUAGAAGGGAUGCAGCCAAGGGAGGGAUGUCAUGGCCAGGUUUUCCUACACCCCCAUCAAACCCUGGCUGACAGAAUCCCUCACAUACGUAGCACCACUGGCGUCAGAGACUGUCUGCAUGAGUUCAAUGAGCAGGAGCUGCACCAAGAUUUUGUGCUUUUUGUUGAGGACCAAAAACAAAUGCACCUGAAAAUGUCUGGCCUGAAAACUAAUGAAAUCCAACCAGACUGGAGAAGUUUUCUCCCUGCCUAAGGAUUGCCACUUUACCAAAAACUGUGCCAGCCUUUAUCUUAGAUGGUGUUUAUAGUCUUCACAAGCUCCUGCCAGACAAAAAACCCUAUGAUGGCCUCAAGCAUCCGAUAUUGCUUAGAGGGUCCAAAUGAUAUUAGCGGUGCUGCUAACACCACACAAUCAUCUAUCCACUUACCAAAUAGUAUUCUUCCAGCUUUUCCCAGUUAUGCCAAAAACAAUUCAAGUACUGAAGUAAUUCAUGGGAAACUCCUGUCUUCCCACACUGAAAAUAUUCCUUAAGUGUGGUACCACCAUCAGCAUGUGAGCAUAUUUUAUUAUAAAGCCACAUCUAACCCCCACUUAAAAGCGCUGGGAAAUUGCCAUUUUGUCUGCUUCAAAGUCUCUCUGCUCCCUCAACAAAGCUCUGGGCCUGGCACUAUUAAUUGAUCUAGGAGUCCUAGUGAGCAGCUUCAUCUAAAGUCAGUGGCAGCAUCACUCCAAGAGAAAGUAGAAUUCAGGGUGGGCAAAGUAACAGCCUCAAAGCAUCAGGUGCAGACUCCUCAUGUGGAUGUGCAGGAGAAUAGCCCUUGUCUUACUGAGUGCCGUCAUGUAUCACAUUUCCUUAACAGCAAGAAAGACAAAUUCUCCCAUCCUCCAAUUAAUAUAUUUGCCUCACUCUGAGAAUCCCAUAGUUAACUGAAUAUUAAGACAAGCAGCAAUCUCCUAAACAGGAUGUUUCCUUGCUUCACAUUUAAAGAAACAUGAUUAACUUUCCCCUAGAAGAAAACCAAGAUAAUGGGCAGACUCAGUUACAGAGGUACUACUUGAGGGAGGCUUGAGCCAAGAAGUUAAGAUCUUAAUCCAAAUAUCCUCAGAACUGGAGCUUGGUGGGAUUUAAGUGUUCUGUUUGGGCCCAUCUCUACUUGUUCUUGCGCAAGAGCGGUGACCAACGCCUUGGAGAGGGUAUAAUACAGGGGCUCUCAACCUUUUCCUUUCUGAGCUCCCCCACCCCCAUAUGCUGUAAAAACUCCACACCCCACCUGUGCCACAACAACUGUUUUUCAGCACAUAAAAGCCAGGGCCAGUGUGAGGGUUGGCAAGUGGGGGGCCUCAUGAAGCUAAGUUGCUUAGGCAUCAGGUGGCAAGGUUCAGGGCCCCGAGCUUCAGUCCUGCGCGACAGGGCUUUGGCUUUCUGCCCUGGGCAGAAAAGUGAGUCUAAGGCCAGCCCAGCUUGGCGAACCCCCUGAAACCUGCUUAUGGCCCCCCAGGAGGCACCAGACCCCUGGUUGAGAACUGCUGGUAUAGUAGACCUUAUGCACUUUGUACCUUACAGUAUGCAGCAUGACAAUCUAGUCUGGUUACAUCUGGAUAACACUUCUGUAUCCAGAUACUUGUGGCCUCCUCACUGUACACUGAGUACAGGUUCUUUUCUGCUGCCAAAAUAUUGUGCUAUUCUCAAAUCGCUUUUAAGUAGAAGAUUCUGUCAGUGAUCAACACCACUUGUAUUUACUGUUUUUAUCACAUACUAGUCAAGAAACUUGCCAGAAGAGAUUAUUCAUUAGCUUAGGUCAUUUUUUCCCCCCUCUAAAGUAUCUUAAAGCAAAUGUGAUUUGCAUAUUUAUUAAACUGCAUUACUUAUUUGUAUACAUGUACAUUUUUAAGUAACUGUUGUAAAUUAAUUCAUGAAAAUGAGCCUUUCAUGGACACUAUUAAGAUGAUUCUUUCUACAGAGUAGGUCAGUCAAACAACUACUGCUGGUUAUUAUUUUAAAAUAAGAUUAAUAUAGCAAUAAUUAGUGCUAGCAUUUCUUGGGGAUGCAGGGAGAGAAGCACAUAUUGCACAUUCUCAAGUCCAUAUUAAACAGGGCAUUUUCUCUAGAGCCAAGAGAUCCGACACUAGUGUCUAUCUUCAGUACACAACUGCAGCAUAUUUUGCUUGUCAGCUGCACAAUUCAUAUUUUUACAAAACACUAUUAUAUUACAUUACAGGGCUUUGGUCCAAUCACGCAGUCUCUUCUCGAGAGAAUAGUUCCUACUCAUGUGAACAGCCUCAUUGAGGACAAUAGAACUACUCAUGCAAGUAGGGACUAUUAGAGUAAGGGUUGCAAGAUGAGGGCCCUUAGUUUUCAUUUGACAUCAAUGGCUAUUAGCCAGGAUGGGCAGGGAUGGUGUCCCUAGCCUCUGAUUGCCAGAAGCUGGGAAUGGGCGACAGGGGAUGGAUCACUUGAUGAUUGCCUGUUCUGUUCAUUCCCUCUGGGGCACCUGGCAUCGGAAAACAGGAUACUGGGCUAAAUGGACCUGUGGUCUGACCCAGUAUGGCUGUUCUUAUGUUCACACAUUCCUCCAGAAGUUUUUAAAAAAAACAAAAACACAACAAAAAACAAGCUUAUGCCAAAAAGCUGGCUAAGUAGAACUGUGGAGUCUCUUCCCCCUUACUCUAGAAAACAGGAUUUUGCUAUCAGUAUUUAUGAGAGGAAGGAUGGUCUUGAGCAUAGGUGCUGGACUGGGGAUUUAAGAGAUCUUGGCUCAAUUUUGAUUUCUUGUGUGACUUUGGGCAAGUCACUUAAUCGCUUUUUGCCGCUGGUGGGGAUGACAAUACUACGUCGCUUACCAUUUGUCUGUCCUGGCUAUUUAGACUGUAACCUCUUUAGGACAGGGCCUGACUCUUAUCUGUGUUUGUACAAUGUUUAGCACAAUGGGGCCUAAUCUUUAAUCCUUCUACUAGUAGUAGUUAAUUUGAUUUGGGGGGCAUGUGUGGGAAGAGAGAAGUGGGGCCAGGUCAGUGGUUAGCCAAAUAAUCUUACGUAAAAUGAGACGUAGGACCACAGCCUCAGCUGUGCCAGGGUUCUAUUUGUCGUGGCUUUGAUGAGCAUCAAGGGUAGCUUUGAACUAUCUUUGUACUCCCCUGACUGCAGGGGCUGCCAGGAGCCAGUUUUUGGCCCAUGGUAUAAUGCAAGGAAGUCUGAGGUUCUUCUAAAUUUUGCCAGUUUGUAACAGCCCCUGAGUCCAUUUAUGUUGGUGGGGAAUUACGGGAAUGGAGCAAGCUAUGGCCACUGGGGCUGGUGGAGGUGGCACAGAGCUAGCUACACUGACUCUGUGCCCAUCUGGGAUUUCCUAUGCUGAGGGGAAUCCUCAGCUGGCUUGUUAGUGCAGCAUUCUAACCCCUUUGCACCAUUAGAACAGCAUAAAAAGGGGCAAAGGGGUAUCUUGGAUCUAGUCCAUAAUGUCAUUAAGAAACAAAUCUGUCCUAACCAACGUCAAAUUGCACUAAAUUUCAUAACAUCCCACAAAUAUGAAGAAGCACUUAUACAAUUUUGACCUUUUCCUGUAAUAAAGGAGUCAUUUUAAUGCACAGAAAGAGAAUAUCAAUAUUAUAGACUGUGUAUGGCUUUAGUGUAAGACAAAAGGCCAAAUAUUAGUCAGAAUUGGCCCAAUCUUGCCACCAUAUUUAGGCAAAGUGCCUAAUAAAAUCAGUGAGUAUUUUGCUUGCAUUGGGACUGCAGGAUUCAGGUCCUAUGGCCUUAUGAUUGUUUUCCUACAAUAGGGAAAUUCAAUCUCUGUUCAGUGUUUCUCAUCUAUUUCCUGCCAAAUGUUGCUUUGGAGACUAUAAAGUAAUUUUGAAAUUUUAAAAACAUUUCAAGAAGCAAUUCAGUCUUUUUUUUUAAAACUAUAUUUUUAAAAAUUAUUUUCUCUUCCACUCUGUGCAAAAGAAGUGAUCUUUAAUUAGAGUUACUCAGCAUUGCACUUUUGUAUAUAUUUUUCCUACUUGUUACGCCAUGUAUUUUUUUAUAUUAAAUAAUUAAGAGCAAUGGGUUUUUUAAAAUUUUAUUAUUACUACCAGCAUCUUGCAGAGCUUUGACCUAUAAUUUUUAGAAAUUGAUCCCGAAAUAUGGAGAAAUCUGAUACAUUUUUACUAAAUUAAUAAAAAUUUCUUAGUAUACUCUCUGGAUCAGAAGAGUUGCUUUUUAAUGGUAUAUACACAGAAAUACUGUAACUUCUGAAAUUAAUUGGCACUUGGUAGAUUCAGUACACAAAUGGGAUACUACAGCUUUAAAAAGGCAAAUCUCCUCGCAGGUAGAAAAGGUGUAGCCCUGGAACUUGUACAUAUACAGAACUUGCACUGGUUAAGUAAACUGUAUUUUUUAAUUGGUUUGGUUGAACUCCUUUGUGAUCAGUCUUUUAAAAUCCAUUUAAACCUGGUUUAUAAAACUGUCCACUCUGGAGUUGACACCAGUUUAGCUGAAUUGAUUUAAAAACACACCCUUAGGUAAACCGGUGCAAGUCUCUAUGGAUUCGGCCCUGAUUAUUAAAGGGAAGCUGCAAAUCUUUACUCAUGCAAGUAUGAGUAAGAUCACAGAAGCCACUGACUACUCAUGCUAGUAAAUGUUUGCAGGAUAAGCCUCUAAAGGCUAUAUUCUCCAUCACUCCCCACGUGGAAUGCUCUUUGCAUUAAAAAAAAUAUAUAUCUGCCCCUAAACCUACAUCCAGAUGGAUUUAAGGUCGUCCCCCCCCCGCAUUUUUUGUCUUUCAAGAUGAGCACCUGUUGAUUUAAAAAGCAAGCAAAGACCAUCAGAGCCUUCUGUAGGUGUUGUAGAACACACUGAAAAUAAACACUAUGUCUAACUGUUUACCUCACCCAAAUUGUGUUUAUUUCAAAUUUCCAAAUCAUCCCUUGUACUUCAGAGCACUAGAAUCUACAGUGACUGGAAGCCAGAGCAAACUGGCUGGCUAAAAAGAAAAAAAAACUCUUUAUUUUGCCUCCUCCCUUUUCUGCCAAGGGCAGAUCCUUUCUAGGUUACCCUCCCAUAACACAAACACAACUGGCUGAGGUACUGUGGGAUCACCCUAGGAUCUGAAGGUUUUGAGAUUACAGCAUGGAAGCAGAAGGAAUCUGAACCCCUAAUUCUAUCCAAAAGACACACACGCGUGCCUUCCUCACCAGUACCAUAUGAAUAGGUAGAUGAUGGUACAACACCUAGCUUCCUCUGAAGCUGAUGCUCUGUUAACUUGCCAGUGUUAGUUGAUCUGUAACGGCACAAUUCUUCAGCUGUUACUGACAAACUCUGAAACCAUUUUGAUAAUUUUGCCUGAGUAGUAAAAGCAGGAUCGGUCCCUACCCAGUGUGAAAUUGCUGUCUUCUCUCCCUGCAAAGGCUAAAGAUGUGUCUGUGAAACCCAACUUCCACUUGCCCAAGGGUGGUGAAACUUAUUCUGAACUGCAGUCCCUUCAUGGCAGCACACAGAACAGCUUUGCCACUGAGCUAGUUUCUGCAUUUUCAUUUGUUUACACAAAAACUGAAGGAAGAAAAAAAAGACUACUUUAUGUAUCUGAUCAGUGCAGGUGAAUAACUCCCAUGCUAAGGGGAAAGUCUUCAAUGCCAUGUGCGAGGAUUUAAAUGUGCAACUCCUGUUGGCAGCAAGGGGUAAUUUUGUGACUAAUCCACCAUACACGCUGGUAACAAAUUUCCCUAAGGUGUUACUGAAAUUUGGAAGGGUGGGGGGGAGAGCUUUUUUAAAAUCACAGUCCUCACCCUCCUCGCAAUUCCAGUCACCAACCUUGUUCAGACAGCAUGCACUAAGCAGAAAAUAAUAUUUAUGAGGCACACAAGGUGGGUGAGGUACUAGUGUUUAUUGGAUCAACUUCUGUUGGUGAAAGAGAGACGCUUUUGAGUGUCGGAGAACUCGAACGCUUGUCAAUUUCACCAAUAGAAGUUGGUCCAGUAAAAGAUAUUACCUCACCCAUCUUGUCUGUCUCAUACGCUGAGACUAAUAUGAUUACAACACUGCAAACAAUAGUAUUUAUUGUCAGUCUACUUGCUUAGAAGGCCUGAUACUAUUGGAAUGCUGGGUGCACCUCCAAGAUGUCUUUAUUCAAGCAAAACUCCUAUUGACUUAGGAGAGACUCUUUGGGCCUGUAUACACUGCAGCUAAGUUUGAGGACCCAGUUACAACUGAGUUUAAUUUAGACUUAACCCUGAAAUGCAUCUGCGAACCCACUUCUGUAUCCAUGCAACAUACACCGCUCCCUGCACUUCAGGACACACUGUAAUUCACAGGAUCAGGCCUAUAAUUAUUAGACAUGCUUCUGUGCAUUCUGCUGCCAGAAUGGAAAGGUUUUAGGGUUAGGCCAAGAAUGUAGAGAUUGGGGCUACCCAAAAUUCCUUUGUGAAGUCUGCCAUUGCUUUGUAUAAAAAUUUUUAAUGCACUUAUGAUUCUUUGUGCCCACAUAUGCAUAUUUUUGCAUGCUGAAUUCAAAUCUUUCAAUGCACUUUCAAGGAGUCUUAUGAUGUGUAAGGUAACAACUCUAAGCACAAAUGAUGGUGCAGAUGUUGGAAAGCUAACUCUGCAGACAGUGCUAGUGAAGGCUCGGAGUUGCUCAGGACGAUAGAAGAGGCUAGAUUCCAAAGGGUUAACGAAAUGUAAGUAGUAAGCACACUUGGUAGCGUUUUCAAAUACUCAGCCAUUGCCAAAAACAAAUGAAAAGUAAGCAGCACUAGUCUAUGCUGAGGACUAAAAUUUCCGUGUUUGAAAUGAAGCUGCUUUUUAGCUAGCUCAUAACACCAUAUUUAAGACCAAGUUUUCCUAAGACUUAGGUCUCCAUUGUAUUAAUAAGGGCAGCAUUGCUCUAAACCCCAGACAAACCAGGCUAAACGCGUACAUGCUGGUAUACCUGAAGUUCAGCAAGAAUCCGCUAUAAUGGGUUUGGAGAUUGUAUGUUCUAGUUCAGAAUCUCACAAAUUGGAGUCCACUCCAGGGGGUCCACAGCCCCCGCUGAUCAACUCCUCCCUCUCCCUCCCAGUGCCUCCAGCAUGCCCAGGAAACAGCUGUUCAGCAGCAUGCAGGAGGUGCUGGAGGGAGGGGGAGGAGCAGGAGCAGGGACAGGGUGUGCUCAGGGGAGGGGGGAAUUGGAGGGCAGGGGUGGAGUCGGGGCAGGGCCUGGGGCUGAGCGAGAGGUUUGUGGGUCCCCGAAAAAUUUUAAAAUCAAAAUGGAGGUCUUCAGGUUACUAAAAAGUUUAAGAACCGGUGUUCUAGUUUAUCUAGUAGCCUACAAGGUGAUAAAAUGCUUAAAGUAUCUCACAGAGACAGUUAGGAGAAAAAAGUAGCCAACUCUUUAAUAACACUGUUCAGUGACCGUUAAUUUGCAAGAUAUAUAUUGGUUACUGAUCUCAUGCAAGUUUGUCAAAAUGCAGUUCUGUUUCAAAUAGAUGGUGAUGACCUUGCCUAGCAGAAGAAGCUUCCUUUGAUCUUAGUGAAUGAAUGUAUGCAGCUAAAAACUAUGCAUUUUCAUACAGUCAUUUAUUGUAUUUUGUAUUGAUUCAAAGCCAAAAAAAAUGUCUAGAUAUCAUCUUGCUCAUGAGGGCCCCAGCCUGCAUUCUUAACACACCCUGAAUUCCCCUUGACUUCAAAGGGAGUUUUGAGAGUCCAAGGAAUGAAGGAUCAGGCCCUACUGUUUUCAAUGCAUGCUUCACUGGAGAAAUGAUUAGAAGAUGGCAGGAAGACACGGUAUUACAUAGGACGUUAAACUACAGGCAGUUGCUUCUUCUGUAAUACAUGUCAAACCAUUCUGGUGAAUGCUUUUAUCCUUGUAAGAAUCAGAUGUGCUAAGAACAUUGUCGCUUUAAAGGUACAGUACAGUAACCCUGGACUACAAGUCUAAGAUGGUUUUUGCUUAUACACAAUCUAUUCAAACACAGGAUACCAAUAUAAAGACAGCAGUGGCGAUAUUUUUUUUAUUUAUUCAGAAAAGUAUGUGCUUCUAGGGGGUAUUCAGUUACAAUUUCAAAAACAACAUACAGAAAUGUUUUUAUUUUAUGGAUCAGCUCACUUACGAAUGUUGUAGUUUUUAUAAAGGUAGCAUGAAAACAUAUUUUUCAAGUUACAUACAUAUUUCUUAUGUUCCUGUGUUGUAUGUGUAAUAUUCCCAUCCCUUCUACAGCUUUUUUGUAACAUUAGCCACUAUAGUUUUGUUUUUUAGCAAAGCUCAUGUCUGGUCUCCAAUAUGAAAAUCAUUCUUCUUAGCACUACUGUGGCCCUGAUCCUGCAGCGUGAUGCAUGCUGGCCCUGUGCCAACACUGAGUCCAUUGAUUUCAGUAAGGAUGUGGGCCAACAUCUUCAGAUGGUAUAAACUGUCAUAGCUAUUGGAAGUAUGACCAUUUGUACCAGCUGACGAUCUAUCCCCAGCAAGGGCAAAUAAGUCCAUCUGCAUAGACUCUCGAUGCAGUCAAAGGGGAUCUGUGGAGACCCAAGGUCUAACUAAACAUAUCACUGCCAGAGCAGGGCCUAUGGCAAAACUAAAAAGGCACUAUUACAUUUCUCUGCAAUCUUUGAUUGCCCUUUGGGUCUGACCCAGGGCCCACUGCAGUCAACGUGAGCCCUUCCAAUGAUUGCAGUGGGAGCAGUUCAGGCCCUCUGUCAUCAGUUAAUAUCACAAAAUUCACUUUUUAAAUAUGAGAAAAAAGAGCUUCCAACUCUGGCGCUAAUGGAAAUAUUGGAAACUUUUAAUAUAUAUUUGGAAAGUAUUUGAAAAAUAAAUUGUCUGUCUUUUUUAUAUUACAACUUUUAGCCAAAUACAAGUAUUCUGAUUACUACUUCUGUGGAUAUCUAUCCGACUGUAAAUAAUCUCAUAAUGUUCAGGUACAUAAACCUGGAGGGAAAAAAGGACUCUUCAUCAGCUCUGCGUUUUGCUCACUAUUGGUAUAUUGUGUAUAUAUCUAGCUAUCUAUAGAAAAGGUAAUGUGUUUAAAUGUUGGGUGUUUUUUAUUGCUGUUCCUCUAAGGAAAGACAACUCUUUUUUUAUUCUACUUGUUUUAUCUUUUAUGAGUUAGAUGAAAAAAGUUUUCUAAUUUUUUGCACCAGAAAUGGAUAAAUAACUGUUGCUAUGUGUAUCAGGACAUUAAUUUCUGAUUGAAAAUGUAAAAUUAAAACUGGCCAUAAUGGGCACACCAGUUAAAAUGCACUUUUCCCGUGGCACAGUGUACUCUCUCUCAUUGGGCUUUCAAAGGACCAUUAAAUGUUUACAUUUUUUUUGUUGCCCAUUACAGUUUCAAACAUUUAAAUGGCUUCCCUGAAACUAGAGAAAGAUCUCAUGCAUGACCGAUAUACCAGGAUCCAAGAAAGGAUCAUGACAGUUAGAUAAAAUAAGGAAUUUUUACAAAUACCAUUUUAGUGAUCGUUUUCUAACAUUUGGGCUCUCAUACUUUGUGAUGCUUCGAUGUGUCAAUAAAUAUGCUCUUGCUUAGCUAGUCUAACAUCAUUGUAGACCUGUAAUUUACUGUUUAUGGUUAUGCCAUGAUUUGCACUGGUUUAAAUUCAGUCAGAAUGCUGGCCAUCCAGCCAAAAUAUUCAGACUGUUACGAUGUCCACAAAAUAUUAAAUAAAUGCACUUGUAAUUGAUUAACUACUAUGGAGUAUGUUCAACUAUUUCAUGUAAUAAAAAGGCUUUGUGUAUAA